CAAGUCGGAUGUUUUUAAUACUACUGCGUGUCGUGUAUGAGCUAAUGACAUGGCAGGGGAAGUUCGGGGGAGAAUUUUGGAGAUGAAAACAGCCUUUCGGAUCCGAUCAGAUAUGAAGACGCUUACGGCGAUAGAUUGGGCUCUGAACCUGCUACAUCUUUUCAUUCUGGUGUGCGGAGGCUUGAUUGUUAUAAUGGUUCCGGUCAUACAAGGAGGGAGUCCCAACUUUUCGCCUGGGUGGCUUCUUAUAAUUCUUGGAGGGGUAACGAUUGUGGCUGGUGCUUCAGGCAUAGGAAGGACAGUCGGUCCUUGCUUCUGGAUAAAUAUCGUCUUCAAUUGUUUUGCUGCUCUUGGAUCCAUCGUGUACUCGUUGGCCUCAUUUUCGAACAGAGAGAAAGUGGCGAGAAGUUUUCGAUCUAAACGCUUUAGUGCGAAUGAGGUGAUUGUGAAUGUAGGUGGAGUCGUUUAUCGGACGUGUUUCAUGGGCGUUUUACUUCCUGGUCGUUGCCGAGGUGUUGGGGGUCUUCUUCGGGAGCCUGGCUCGCCAGCUUAAAAACUCGGAAGGACCGCAGGAGAGUUUUGAACGGCGAUCUAUUGCUCUUCAAAGAUUGAGUGUCGACUUGUAUGGGUUCCUUUGAGUAUUCUUUGGCUAUUGAUUCAUGGGGUGUUGCUAUUUCAGGGCCGCGAAAGACGUCCGAAGAGCAAGCAAGAAUGCGGAUCGCAUCGCCGAGAAAAUGAAGGAUAAAUAUGGGCAGUAAGCUUAUUUUUCUAUCGGACAUUUUCCCAGUCUUACAAUCUUGCUACAGAUGGAGCCAUGAGUAACGAGUGUUUUCUGUAUAACUUGUGAUGUGAUCCAGCAUCGUUUUAUUCUAUUUCUUAUUACCACCAA